AUGAGUGAUGUGCUACAAAGAGCAAAGAAUAGAAUAAGGAAAGAAUUGGAGGCCACAGUAAAGGCUGUUGUGACAGAAGAUGCUGCUGGUAAAAUAUCAAGGUAAGAAUUGUAUGUUUAGUUGUUAUCAAUUGUUUAGAGAAGUGAAUCAGGCGGUUUGCAAUGCAAUUGAAGCAAUAUUCAUUCACGGAUUGAAAGAUGCGUUCUUCUUGAAAGGAUCACGAUAUUCAAAAUAUCCGGAGCCGGUAAAAAUUCUUUUGAAUCUAAUUAUUAUCUUUUCUUUUAGAACUUUUGGCCAUUUGUUUCCAAAUUUACCCAUCGAAGUAUUCAGUCACAGAUCAGCUCGCAGAAUCAGAUUAAAAAUGAAAUUGGAAAGGGACGAACAUGGAUUCGGAUUGUGUUAAACGACGGUGCUCUCGAACAUUAUGUAUCUAUGAUUACCAAGGAUACUCAGCAAUUACAGUAUGUUUAACUUGGAAUUUGAACGGUCUUUCUUUAGACAGUUUUAUAACGACUCAGCUUUCCUGAGGGAUGGAGAUAAGGUUGAAACCUUGAUUGGAUAUCUGAAAGCUUUGGCCAAGGUUUCUUUGAAUGCCCCAACCAACUCCACAUUCCUCAAUACUUGGACACCGACACCCUUAGUUUUAGCGGGACUAGUUCAGGAGAAGUCAGUUAAAGGCAAGUAUAUUCUUAUAUUUAUAUAUUUUCUGAUUUUAGUGUCUAACUUAAUGUCGCCCAAAAAGGAUGUGGAAGCCGGCAAUCCGGUUUUAAAUCUUCUGUCACCUAAAACGCUUUCCUUGAAAGGGUCAAGAAGUUCGCUGCAAAGUAAAGGUAAGAGAUUCGUCGAUAAUUUAAUUAUUUUUUAGAAGACGACGAGCGUUCUUCAGUUUAUUCUCAUCCAUCUAUCGUCGACAAUGAGCUUGACACUCCCACAACGUCCGAAGUUUCCACCGAAGUAUGUUUUUGCUGAUUGUGUUCGCUUUGGAUUUAACCGUGUUAUGGAGGAGAUUGUGUCCGUUUUUGUCCUUUUUAGUCCCCACUUCUAGAGGCCUAUUUUUGCCCACAGACCGGUUCUAUCCCCAUUCCGGUUGUGGCAGCGCACAUUGGGAAUCAAUCGGAGUUUCUUAUGGUGCAAACUGCAAAGUUAUUUAGGUACUAUUAGCUCGUGAUACAUAUAGUACGAGGUAAAAAUUAGGCCAGAAGGCAUUAAUGCUGUUGUUUUGGUGCCUGGCACUGAUCAAAAGAUUCAUUUCUGGCAAAAAAUAAGUUUGUGCUGUAUAGUACCAAGGGUUAAAAAUGUGUUUUUUAAACAGUAUGAGAGACCAACACCUUAUGGCAUAAUUUUCACCUCGUGCUAAGUAGUAUCAAGUGCUAAUAGUACCUCAGUUACUUUGGAUUUUGUACAAUAAAAAACUCUGAAUUAUACCAUGUGCCCCCGACUAUGACCGGCUCGGGGACAUAACCCGGGUUGGAGACAAUAACAUCCCUAUGGUUAUGGAUUAUGUUGUUUUCCUUUAAUGUUCAUUUCUAUUGUUAAUUUUAGGUAAUUGUACAACGAUCAAAGGGACGACGGAGAUAUAUGAGUCACAGUAGCAGUGAAGGGCAGUCUCUCUACUCUCUUUCAAAUUCAUCAUCCAUGCAAAAAUUAACUGAUGAACAGGAAGAAAAAGAAACAGUUAUGCCGGCUGUUUAUGUACAAUCAAAAAUAGACUCAAAAGACGGGGAUUCUUUGCAACUGGGCGCCGUUGACAAACAGCAUGAUGUCAAACAAUUGGAAGCAACAACUUCUGGGAAGUUUGUAAGUAUUAUUUUUUAUUGCUUUAAUUUUCGUUACAGGUUCCCACUUUGAAAGAAGAUGAUGACAGGGCGACGAUAGGUGAUGGCAUGGCUGUUCAACAAUCUCAAGAGCAUCCUUCGCUCUCAUUUGACAUAGCCGCUUCCUCGAUGAAGGAGUUUAUCAAUGACUUGGAACCUGAAGUUCAAUUAAAGAAAUCUCAAGAGCUGAUUGAAACCAAUUUUGGGGAUGAUCCAAGUCCCUAUGAUGACUCGGUUGAUGAGAAAUCAUUGAAGUUGGAGGCCAAUGAAGAGACCUCGCCCAAUGAAGUGUAUGUGCCUGUCAAUUGCGGUAAUUCUCUUGUCGGAAAAGGUUGGCAGAUCUCUGAAUCUUCAAUGUCCAGCGCCGCCUCUUCAUUAAACGGUUCUGAACAUUUGAUUCCCUUUGGCGAGGCGAUGAGAGAAGUAAUGCACCAUCAAGAAUCAGUAGGUCCUUUAUUUUUUUAAAUUUAUUAGUCAUUACUUUUGUUUAUUUUCGAAAAUAUAUUAUUUUAGAUCGAAUCGAAGAGCGAUUUGGACGAGAGAUCUUCUGAGAUGUUCGAAGUGAGUUUAAAUAAGAGCGGAACUGAAUUUUGUUUUUCCAGAAAGAAGAACCAGUUAUAAUAGAAGCCGGAGAAUUGCCUGACUUGGCGGAAACUAACGAGUUAAGCCGAGAAAAGGAGCUGUACCAUACUUUAAUUACGAUUCCUAUAGAAAAAGGGCUCGAUUCACAGGGAUUCAGAUGCCCCAACUGUAGACGAUCUAUUGGAGCUUCUUUUGGGACCUAUAGAUUAUGUAAUUUUGAUGGAUUACAUUACUGUGAACAUUGUUUCAAAAGAUUUGUGGAAUGUCCAAUCCCGGCAAGAAUAAUGUUCAAUUGGGAUCAUCGGCCAAGAGCGAUCACGAGGACGGCCUUUGAGACUCUUCAAGGGGUUUAUGAAAAGCCUUUAUUCCAAGUCAACGAGAUCAAUCGCUUGUUAUAUACGCAAGCAGAGGAUUUGGAUAAAAUCCGGAGAUUAAGGGAGAAGUUGAGUCUGGUUUCCAUGUAUUUGUUGUCAUGCAAACAGUCAGUCGCUGAAGAUUUGAAACGAAGAUUGUGGCCGAAUGAUUACUUACACACGGAUAUUCAUUUGUAUUCGAUAAAAGUAAGUGAUGCUUAAUGGUUUUUGUUUUUUUAGGAUCUCGAGAAUAUCCCGACAGGAGUAUUGGAAAGGCGAUUGAAUACUGUCAUCAACUUUGCUGUCGAACAUGUUGCUUCUUGUGUGUUAUGCAUCCAGAAGGGAUUUAUUUGUGAGAUCUGUAACUCGAGGAAAGUAAUUUAUUCAUUCCAAACGGAGACCACUUUCAGAGUAAGUAUAAGGUCAAUUAUAAUGUUACUUUUUAGUGUAAAAAGUGCUUCUCUGUGUAUCACAAAACCUGUAUGGAAGGCAAAGAAUGUCCUCGAUGUCUUCGCCAAAAGAAAAACGAGCAACGGCUCAGGCAAAUGGAGUCGUUCUAG